UAAAUAAUACAACUUCCCGAAAUACUUCAGCUGAUCAAGGUUCCGAUAGUAGAACUAUUAAAUCAGCAAAAAAAUCAACUGGAAACAAAAUAAUUGGUAUCACUGGUCAAAAAUCUGGUUCUACACGUGGUACUUCAGCAAAAAUUGAUUUUAAUCAAGCACAUUGGAAAAUGAGAAUUAUAUGUAAAAAAAUAUUUCA